AUGCCGCCGGAUUUUGCAGCCCUUUGUUUAACAAAAUUUCCGCCGUUGGCUCGUGUCAUUAUAGUGCUUUGUGGUGCUGUUAUUAUACAUUUAACUAUUGGAACUUAUCAUACAUACGGUAAUAUGUUACCCUACAUAGCAUCAUAUAUGCGUAAUUUUACGGAUUCUUCAAUUACACUUGAACAACUUGUUUGGGUACCAAAUUUUCAAGGAUGUUUUCCAUUUUCAAUGGUCAUCGGCGGAAUAUUAUCGACUAUUUUUGGGCCGCGUAAAGCAGCAUUUUUUGGAUGCGCAAUUAUGACAACUGGCGUCUUCUUAGCUUCAUGGGCAAUAACCGUAUCGCUUGGUGCUUUUUUGCUAACUUAUGGGGUUAUGUUUGGAUUUGGUCAAGGAAUUGCCUAUGUUACAGCUGUAAACACUGCUAUCAAUUGGGCACCAAAUAACGUUGGCAUUAUUAGUGGCAUUGUAGCAGCUGGUUUUGGCUUAAGUUCUUCAAUAUUUGCACCAAUUCAAACACUUAUUAUUAAUCCAGAAAAUUAUAAAGCCACAACAAGUGGAUAUUUUACUCAAAAAGAAUUGGUUGUUCGAGUACCGUCAGUUUUUAGCAAUUUAGCCGUCUACUAUGGUGUUAUGCAGAUUAUUGGUCUUAUCGUUAUGUGUGAUCCGCCAAAUGAGGUGUGUAGAAGUUUGUAUCAGUUUCCCCUGUCAAACAACUAUAAUUGCACUAAGAAAUUGUUUGAAAAUCAGACAGCAGCCACUGAUACCAAUCACGGAAAAUCGGAUACCGAUGGUGAAGAAUUCUCCGUGAAUACUUUAUCGAUGCUUAAAAGUUCAACAUUUUACUAUCUGUUUGCAGCACUGUUUUGUUGUUCUUUUUAUGGAAAUAUGUAUUACAAUUUAUAUAAAACAUAUGGUGAAACAUUUAUUGAUGACGAUUUGUUCAUGGCUUAUGCAUUUAGUUCUGGUUCGAUUAUUAAUGCUUUUUCCAGAAUUUUUUGGGGUUUUUUAGCUGAUCGUACAAAUUUUCAGUUAAAUGCAAUGUUCGUAUGCUUAGCUGCAACUCACGCUUUAUUUAUAACAGCAUCAGUAAAAUGUUUCGGCUCCAAAAAUAAAUCUAUCAAUUAUGGAUAUUUAAUUUUGUCAACAGUAAGUCUUCCAGUUUUUUUCUCUUCCAACUGUUUAUGUAACUGUUAUAAAGUCUGUUGAUU